UAUUUCCUACCACUGUUAUAUACACAACCUCGCUAUUUAUUUUUCUUCUGUUUCCCAAAGGGUCCUCCUGGACAAAAAGGAGAAAAGGGUCAGUGUGGAGAUUAUCCUCACAGGGAGUACCCAAGUACCACACUUGCAGCUCUGCGUUCUAAUCAGAUCCUUACAUUGAAGGGAGAACAAGGACAGGCAGGGAUCCAAGGGCCACCUGGGCCUCCAGGCCUUCCAGGAACUCCAGGACAACCUGGCCCAACUGGACCACCUGGGAAAGCUGGAGAACCAGGGAAGCCAGGCAAGGAUGGAAAGGGCUUCCCAGGACUUCCUGGACCAAAGGGAGAACCCGGAGUUCCAGGAUACCAUGGAAGAAAGGGGGAGAGGGGCAUGCCAGGGCUACCAGGAAAACAAGGACUUCAGGGUGAACCAGGGAUCCCAGGAGCAAAGGGAGAACGUGGAAUUGCAGGGAAGAUGGGCCCCCCAGGUUUCCCAGGGAAAAGGGGGCAUAGGGGUGAAAAAGGUGCUCUUGGUGAUCCAGGACCUCCUGGCAACUUAGGACAGAAGGGAGAAAAAGGAGAUUCUGGCAAUGCUCUUGGAGGAGGUAAAGGGGAACCUGGACCACCAGGAUUACCUGGAUCUCCUGGACCAAAGGGUCCCAAAGGGGAACCAGGAAAGAAUGAAAUAGUGGAUUACAAUGGCAAUAUUAAUAAGGCCUUACAGGAAAUACAAAACUUGGCCCUAAUGGGUCCUCCUGGACUGCCAGGUGCUGCAGGUCCACCAGGAUCACCGGGACAAAAGGGAGAAGUUGGCCUUCCAGGUCGUCCAGGACAUGAUGGUGAAAAAGGUCUUGAUGGUGCAACUGGAGUAAAAGGUGAUCAAGGGAUGCCAGGGCCCCCAGGACUAACAGGUCCAAUUGGACUUCCAGGUUUAACAGGAGAGAAGGGAGAACCUGGAGCGAAAGGAGACACUGGGGAAUCCAUAACUGGGCCACCAGGGCCACAAGGCCCACCAGGACCAUCAGGUCCUCAUGGCCUUCCAGGACCUAAGGGGGAUGCAGGCAUUGAUGGAACAAAAGGCGAUAAAGGUGCCCCUGGUGAAAAAGGAGACCGAGGUCCACUGGGAUUGCCUGGUGCUUCAGGUUUAGACGGCAGGCCUGGCCCACCGGGUACUCCGGGACCAAUUGGUGUUCCAGGACCAGCAGGACCAAAAGGAGAGAGGGGCAGUAAAGGAGACCCUGGAAUUCCAGGAUCAAUGGGGCCAGCAGGACUUUCUGGAUUACCAGGCUCACCAGGAGAAAAAGGAAACCGGGGACUCCGAGGUUUUAAAGGCGAGAAGGGUGAGCCGGGGUUACCAGGGCUGGACGGGCUGGAUGCCCCUUGCCCAUUGGGGGAAGAUGGUUUGCCAAUUCAGGGAUGCUGGAAUAAGUGAAGAUUUUAACCAUGGACUGUCCUGUGUGUAUGUGUGUAUGUUUGUACAUAGAAUAUUUAUUUUUAUACAAUGUCUUUGUCUGAAAGUGCCAAAAGAUAUGCAUUUUACAAUUUAUAAAAAGCUGCAUAUUUUUGUACAGAAAAUACUAAAUUUUGCCUUUUACCUGAUUUGUCACUUGCUUGUAUAAUUAUAUGUAUAUUGAUACUA